AAUUGGUCAAUUUCAGUUGAUCAAAAAAGGUUGUUUAACUUCAAAGAAAAGGCUGUGCUUAUAGUAUCAAAUGAUACAUUCUUGGAUCCCUUCCCUAUUAAUCAUAAUGAUUUCCAUGCAUAAUAAUUGUUAGGCUGUCCUGUGCUAACAUCUUAACUCUAAACAUCUUCUAAUCCACUGCUAAUUGUCAUCGUAUCGGAGUAGCGAUGACGAGCAAAUGCCUUCUCUUGUUCUUCUUAUUCUUUGAAGCUCUCAGAGGUGGUUUUGCUGACACUGAUCAACAAGAUGUCAAUGCUCUUAGGUCCUUGAUGAGUCAAUGGAAGAACACACCACCAACUUGGGGGCAGUCAGAUGAUCCUUGUGGUGCACCAUGGGAAGGAGUUAUUUGCAGUGAUUCAAGAGUGGUUGCACUGAAACUAUCAACCAUGGGCAUCCAAGGUACAUUGAGUGGUGAUUUGAGCCAACUCUCAGAAUUACAGUCCCUGGAUUUGUCAUUUAACAGCGGUCUCGGUGGUAGUCUUACUCCGAAUAUCGGCAACCUGAAGAAUCUUUCUACAUUGAUACUGGCUGGAUGCAGCUUCACUGGUAGCCUGCCACAGGAAUUAGGCACUUUACCACAACUCUCAUUCUUAGCUCUGAACUCGAACAAGUUCACCGGCAUGAUACCCGCUUCUUUAGGCAGUCUUUCCAAUCUCUACUGGUUGGAUUUGGCUGACAAUCAGUUGACUGGGAAUCUCCCAAUCUCAAUAGGAACCUCUCCUGGUUUAGAUCUCCUUGUCAACACAAAGCACUUCCAUUUCAGCAAAAACCAAUUGUCAGGGAAUGUUCCAGCGAGCCUUUUCAGCUCAGAAAUGACACUGAUACACUUACUUCUUGAUGGCAAUCACUUCACUGGUAAAAUACCAUCAACUAUAGGAUUGGUUCAAUCCCUUGAAGCUCUCCGGCUCGAUAAGAAUGGUUUUAAUCAAAGAGUUCCGUCUAGCAUCAGCAAUCUCACAAGCCUCACAGAACUGAACUUGGCAAACAAUAAACUAAGUGGGGCUUUGCCUAAUCUCACUGGAAUGAACCACCUCAAUUAUGUAGAUUUAAGCAACAACACAUUCACUGCUUCAGAAGCUCCUGUCUGGUUCUCGACGAUACAAUCUCUCAUUGCUCUAGUGAUAUCAUCAGGAGGGCUCAGAGGAAAGGUGCCGAAAAACCUCUUCAGUUUUCCUCAACUCCAACAAGUGAUUCUUAACAACAAUGUAUUCAAUGGAACACUAGACAUGGGCAACAACAUCAGUCCUCAGUUACAGAUUGUGAAUUUCCAAAACAACGAGAUCAUAUCAUACACUGCAAAUUCCAGCUACAAUAGCACACUGAUACUUGUUGGGAACCCUGCAUGCAGCACACAGAUUGAGAAUACGAUAUAUUGCCGCCUUGAGCAGAAUCAAUUGUCAUCAUACUCCACAAGUCUUGCAAACUGUGGAUCAAAUUCAUGUCCACCAGAUCAAAGUCUUAAUCCUCAGAGCUGCAGCUGUGCUUAUCCAUACACUGGUGUUAUGGUAUUUAGAGCACCAAACUUCAGAGGUGUGACAAACAGCACAUUGUUCCAACAAUUAGAGACCAGCCUCUGGACCAAACUAGGCCUCUCUCCGGGUUCGGUCUACCUUGAAAACCCAUUCUUUAACAGUGAUGAGUAUCUUGAGGUGCAAGUGAAGCUCUUCCCAUCUCCAGGAAUGUACUUCAACCGAUUGGAAGUUCUAAGAAUAGGAUUUGAUCUCAGCAAUCAGACAUACAAACCUCCAAAUAUAUUUGGACCAUACUAUUUCAUUGCAUCUCCUUAUUCUUUUCAAGAUGUUAGCCAAAAACGGUCAACAAUGAGUAAAGCAGCAGUUGCUGGAAUAGUAUUCAGUUGCAUUGUGCUUAUCAUCGGCCUUAUGGCGGUGGGAUUCUAUGCAUUGCGACAAAGGAACAGAGCAGAGAGAGCAGCGGAAUUGAGCAAACCUUUCGCUUCAUGGAAAACUGGAGGUAAAGAUUCUGAUGGAAUACCGCAACUGAAAGGCGCGAGAUGGUUUUCUUUCGAUGAGCUAAAGAAGAGUUCCAAUAACUUCUCAGAAAUCAAUGAAAUUGGAUCUGGAGGAUAUGGGAAGGUAUAUAAAGGAAUGCUACCAAAUGGGCAGUUGGUAGCAAUCAAAAGAGCACAACAAGGAUCAAUGCAAGGUGGUCUUGAGUUCAAGACAGAGAUUGAAUUACUCUCUAGAGUUCAUCACAAGAACCUUGUGGGGCUUGCAGGCUUUUGCUUUGAGCAUGGCGAACAAAUGCUUGUCUAUGAGUUCAUCCCAAAUGGAACACUCAGAGAGAGCUUGUCUGGAAGGAGUUGCAUUCAGCUUGACUGGAUAAGAAGGUUGAAGAUUGCUCUUGGCUCAGCCAAAGGAUUGGCUUACCUUCAUGAACUGGCUAAUCCUCCAAUAAUCCACAGAGAUAUUAAGUCCACCAACAUCCUCUUGGAUGAGAACCUGAAUGCAAAAGUUGCAGAUUUUGGCCUCUCAAAACUAGUAUCAGACAUUGAAAAGGGACAUGUUUCCACUCAAGUCAAAGGCACAUUGGGAUAUCUGGAUCCAGAGUAUUACAUGACUCAGCAGCUGACAGCCAAGAGUGAUGUUUAUAGCUUCGGAGUUGUAAUGCUAGAGCUCAUAACUGCAAGGCAACCCAUAGAGAAGGGCAAGUAUAUUGUCCGAGAAGUGAGAAUAGUAAUGGAUAAAUACGACGAUGAAUAUUGCGGUAUGAGAGACAUGAUGGACCCGAUAAUUAGGAACUCCGGAAAUCUGUUCAGCUUCAGAAGGUAUUUAGAGUUGGCCAUGCAAUGUGUGGAGGAAUCAGCUGCAGAACGGCCUACGAUGAAUGAAGUGGUGAAAACAAUAGAGGCGAUAUUGCAGAGUAACGGAAUCAACUCAAACACCCUUAAUUCUGUACCUCCAUCUGCUACUGAUUUCGGAAAAGUGGGCGAUGAUGCUCCUCUCCAUCCAUAUGAUGGUUCACUGCCAAAGAAGGAGCUGAGUAGCAAUGCUUUUGCAUAUAGUGGCGGUUACACAAUACCGGCAACAGUUGAACCUAAGUAGCAAGCAUGCAAGACACUGAUUCUUUCACCUUAUUUGUUUUGUAUUUAUGUAUUAUGUUGUUUGAUACAUACCUGUUGAGGUGCAUACUUUUAGCACAAUACUAAUGGUGACUGUAAUUCUUAAACCUUUAAGCAA